AUGCUAGCUCCAUACUGCAGUCUCUGUGCACGCUGUUCACGUCAAGCUGUUCCUGUCAUCCGCUCAUUACCGCCCAUUCCUUUUCAAAGACCUUUCCUGAGUAAAGCUUUCUCACAGCAAAGACGAGUCCUACAGUCCCAACAGUUCCAGCCAUUCACACCUCCGUCUCCCAGCUCUCUGGGAAAGGCAGCCCCGCCGAAGCGCUUCCCUAGAGCGAGAAGAUGGACACGCCGUCUCUCAUAUCUUACCCUCACCGCAGCCGUUGUCUACGCACUCGACCACCAGUACUAUGCUUCUGUGCUGCUCCGCAGUUCUCGCACAUUUGCCCUAGCAAUCAUAGUUGCUGCAGACUACAAGAUCAACUUUCGCCCCAACCCUCCUCUUGCUCCUUCCAUUGGCGCCCUCCAUGCACGCAACGCAGAGCGCCUUUUCGACAUUCUCAGAGUCAAUGGAGGACUCUACCUCAAGAUCGGUCAAGCGAUUGCCAUGCAGUCAGCCAUUCUACCUCCCGAGUUUCAGAAGAUGUUCUCCAAGAUGUUCGAUGAUGCUCCACAGAACGAUUGGAAAGAUGUAGAACAAGUUAUCAGAGAGGACUUUGGCAAAUCGCCGGAAGAGGUCUUUGGGGUCUCCUUUGAUGGUGACCCUGACAAGGGACUGAUGGAAAGGACUGCCCGAGCAAGUGCGAGUGUAGCGCAGGUACACUGGGCGCGGCUGAAGGAUGGGAGUGAGGUUGCGAUCAAGAUACAAAAACGGGAGAUAGACCGACAGGUAGGUUGGGAUUUAUGGGCCUUCAAGGUCGUUUCUCGAAUCUACACUUGGUAUUUUGACCUGCCUUUGUACAAUCUGGUACCAUACAUCACCGAGCGCCUUCAGCUUGAGACCGAUUUUGUCGUUGAGGCACAAAAUGCCGAAAGGAUGGCUGAACUCGUAGCCAAAGAACCUCGUUUACGUGGUCGAGUAUACAUUCCAAGAGUCUAUCAUGAUCUCUCCUCCCACCGAGUCAUGACUGCAGAGUGGAUUGAAGGCAUAAGGCUCUGGGAUAAAGAGAGCUUGACAUCAUCUUGGGAAGGGGGUUGGCGGCAACCCAGUCCAGGUGCUGGCGGUACACCACUUCUGGCACCAAGACAAGAAGAAACAAAGCGUCAGCUCAAGACCAAUUCUCUCAACGAGAAAUUGAAGCCUGAACGAAACUGGUGGAGGGGUAACGACGGCAAAGGAGGCCUUGGACUGUCACUGAAAGAAGUCAUGACAACAAUGAUUGAUCUAUUCUCUGCUCAGAUGUUUCUCUGGGGUUGGGUUCAUUGCGACCCUCAUCCUGGAAACAUAUUCAUCCGCCGCUUACCUUCAGGGAAACCAGAGCUAGUCUUGAUCGAUCAUGGCCUCUACAUUCAUAUGGAGCCAAAAUUCCGACAUCAAUAUAGCCUGUUCUGGAAAAGCUUGAUGACCUUCGAUAAUGCCACCAUCAAAGAGAUAGUUCAGGAUUGGGGCAUAAACAAUCCGGAUCUGUUCGCUUCUGCUACUCUCAUGCGGCCGUACACUGGUGGUGACAAUAGUACAGGGGACGAGAUCCGGAAGGGCCUCACCGGUAAGGAACAAUCUGAUCGUGCCUACGAGGCUCAACAAAAGAUGCGAAAAGGCAUUAGAGAGAUCCUGUCAGACGAGAAGAAGUGGCCAAAGGAGCUCAUCUUCAUCGGACGUAACUUCCGAAUCGUACAAGGGAACAAUCAAUUUCUGGGCACUCCUGUGAACAGAAUCAAAAUCACUGGCUAUUGGGCCUCUCGAUCGCUGGUGGACAGUGCCGAUCUCAGCUUCAAGGAAAGGGCCAACAACUUCGGUAGGCAUCUCAUUUUCAGGUUUGUACUAUUUGGGAGCGAUGUAUGGUUUUACGCCGCCAAAAUUAAACAAUUUCUUGGGUUUGGAGGUGGCAUGGAAGACGACAUGGAAGCCCAGAUGAAGCAUAUGGCGAAAGAUUUUGGAGUCGAGCUGAAUCACUCGGUCUUCGAAGGAUGA